GCCACAGCGCUCUCUGAGAGCGUCCUUGAAAGGCAGCCCAAACUGGCCCCGUCCGGACGGCAACGCGCGGGAGAGCAGCCAGAGCGCCCCCGAGCCGCCCUCGACGCGUAGCGCCCUCGACGCGUAGCGCCCUCGACGCGUAGCGCCGGUGCUCAGGAGGCAAAACCGAGAGCGGGCAGCCCCACGCCAUCGACGAGCCGCGAGGAAUCCGGCAUCGCGCGACAAGCAUGAACCUCGCCUACCACGUGCCCGUCCCGACGCACUCCGGCGCCGCGCGCAAGCACGAAUUACGGGAGGCGGCGCGCGUCGUCGAGGCCGCGGCCCACGGCGUCGUGAGACAGAGGCGGCGCCUCGCGGCCGACCGCGGCCGCAUGCUGCACACGUCGACGUACGCCCAUCUUUUUCGAGACCACACGCGGACACAAACGCCGCCUCCUUCAGUACGUGGCAACGACUUCACGUCGCACAAACUCAUGAAGGAGUGCAUGGGGCGGCAUACGAGAAUAGUCGCGCCGCGCCAGUUCGGCCCGGCACCGACGGCGUCUUCACAGUACGGGAGGCCCUGGUUCUCGCCAGUACGCCCGAUCACGCCGCCGCCUCCGGAAUUACUCCAGUCGCGGGCGGCGCGCGCGUGGUUGGGGAGGGGCCGCCGCUGCUGCCGCGAGACGGCCCACGUCCAGAAGCAACUUGAGACGCGCUACGCGCCGCUGCGCGGCGGCUUGGAUGGCGCGACGCAGUGGCACCACAACAGCCACAUGGCGGACCCGCCCGCGCUCGCCCAGGGGCUCGCCCAGUCGUCGCGGAGCCUCUGGUAGUAACAGACUAUGUGAUCAA